AUGUCGAUUUCGGAAUCACAGGUACCAGAAAUACAGGAGUAUAAUCCUGAAGCACAAGAACAUGAUUUCGAUUAUGCUGGAGACAACUAUGAAAUAAAGAACAGCAAUAUUUUAGUGCCUCUGUAUAAUGAAAGAGAAGUGACAGUGGUUGACUGGGGCCAAGAUGUCUUCGGUAACCCGUUACAAAAGAUACAAAACUACUUGAUUUCAUUAUUCCCAAUUGCCAGAUGGAUUUUGCAUUAUAAUAGAAAAUGGCUUUACGGUGAUCUCAUUGCAGGUAUCACUGUUGGUGUUGUUUUAGUUCCACAAUCUAUGUCAUACGCACAGUUAGCGGGUUUGUCGGCCGAGUUCGGGUUGUAUUCAUCGUUCGUCGGUGUCUUCAUAUAUUCAUUCUUUGCAACUUCAAAAGAUGUUUCUAUUGGACCAGUUGCCGUCAUGUCGAUGCAAGUCGGCAAGGUUAUUCAACAUGUUCAAUCCAAAGUAGGAGACAAAUAUGAACCAGCUGAAAUUGCUACGUUUUUGUCUUUAAUUUGUGGUGGUAUUGCUACGGGUAUUGGUCUUUUAAGAUUAGGUUUCAUCUUGGAGUUUAUUUCUAUUCCAGCAGUUAUGGGUUUCAUGUCCGGCUCUGCCUUCAAUAUUAUUGUUGGACAAGUUCCAGGUUUGAUGGGAUACAACAAAUUGGUCAAUACUAGAGAUCCGUCAUAUAAAGUUGUAAUCAAUACAUUAAAAAACUUACCACAUACUAAGGUGGAUGCUGCAUUUGGUUUGAUUUCUUUGUUUAUCUUGUUUGUUUGGAAAUUCUCGACUGAAGGUGCCAUAAAGAGAUGGCCAAGGUAUAAGCUUUGGUUUUUCUACACACAAAAUUUAAGAAAUGCCAUCGUUUUAAUUGUGGCAACUGCAAUCUCAUGGGGUAUCGUUCAUCCUAAGAAAAUUGCAUUUAAUGGUCCUUCUGCAGAUUUCAAACCUCCAAUCAGCACCAUUGGUGUCGUCCCUUCUGGAUUGAAGCAUGUUGGUGUUAUGACUAUACCAGACAAUAUUAUCUCACUGAUGGCUUCUGAAAUUCCGGUUUCUACUAUUAUUUUAUUAUUGGAGCAUAUCGCAAUUUCAAAAUCAUUUGGAAGAGUUAAUGACUAUAAAGUUGUACCUGAUCAAGAAUUAAUUGCUAUUGGUGUGAAUAAUUUAAUUGGUACUUUCUUCAAUGCCUACCCUGCUACUGGGUCAUUCUCAAGAUCUGCUUUGAAGGCUAAAUGUGGUGUUAGAACCCCUUUGGCUGGUAUUUUUACAGGUGCUGUUGUCUUGUUAGCUUUAUACUGUUUGACAGGUGUCUUCUACUAUAUUCCAAAGGCUGUGUUGUCCGCGGUUAUUAUUCAUGCAGUUUGUGAUUUGAUUGCCAAUUACAAAGUGACUUGGAAUUUCUGGAGGAUUAGUCCUUUGGAUUGUGGGAUCUUCUUGGUUGCGGUUAUUAUUACCGUCUUUUCCUCUAUCGAGAAUGGAGUUUACUUCGCGAUCUGUGCCUCCGUUGCUGUCUUGUUAUUCCGCAUUGCUAAACCUCAAGGCUUCUUUUUGGGUAGAAUUCAAGUUGCUGAAGUUAUCAAUCCAGUUAUAGAUAAUUCCAACCUGGAUGACUCGACUAUUAACGGUGACAACAAUUCUUCCGACGAUUCUAAGGAUAUUGAAAUCCAUCAAGUUUUGAGCAAUACAUCAAAUUACCAGUCAACAUCGUCCAAUAAAUACAAAUCUAAAGAGUUGGUCACUACAACGCCAUCUACUCAUAAAUUACUCGACACCAAUCCAAACAUCAAGUUCCACACAAGAUGGGUUCCUUUAUCCAAAGAAAACAUUAAUAGUGACUUACACGUCAGACCUCCACCACCAGGAGUUAUUGUUUAUAAACCAGUUGAAACGUUCACAUAUCCUAAUGCAUCUUUACAAAUUGAGAGGGUUACAGAUGAAGUCAAACGCGUAACGAGAAGAGGAAAACCAUAUAACUAUAAUGAUGCCGGCUCAAGACCUUGGAAUGAUCCAGGUCCAUUAAGAUGGAAUAUUCCAUUCCUUAAAAACAAGAAUGUUAAAGAGCAAACUCAGCAAGAAGAUGAAAGACCAAUCUUGAAGGUUGUUCAUUUCGAUUUUUCAACAGUUGCCUCGAUUGAUGUAACUAGUAUUCAGGCUUUAGUUGAUUUGCGUAAAGCUUUAAAUUUGUAUGCUGAUAGAGAAGUUGAAUUUCAUUUUUCAGGUAUUUUGUCUCCAUGGAUUAGAAGAGGAUUAACGAAUGCGGGUUUUGGUUCAUACAGUGAUGAUGGUUUAGUGAGUGAUACAACUUACGUGAACAUUGCGACUUCUUCAAACAAAAAAGAUAUUGAAUCAGGUGUAAAUGACGAAUACUUUGCUGCCGUAGGCACUAAUACUCCAUACUUCCAUUUAGAUAUACCUGACUAUUAG